AUGGAUACAGCAAACAUGAAGUCAAAUUCAGAACAAGACUAUCCGAUUCUUUUAGGAGAACUCUAUAGUGAUAUUAAGACGGGCGUCGUCAGUGUGAAGCAAUCAAUAAAAAGUCGACAAGCAGGGGCUGCAAAAGACAUUCGUUUCGAGACAAAUUCGUCAUGUUUCAUGACAACGGAACAAGCAAUUCAGGAGCGGACGUGGGACUUAAUGCCGACAAUGCGGAGUGAUACGGAACUCAUUUGUGUGAAAGGGACUCUGUUAGCUGAUGGAGGGUUGGUAGUUGGACUGGAAACCAGUCAUAUGCUGUUUGAUGCGGAGUCCAUAUUCACGCUAAUGACGGUGUGGGGUCAACACUACAGCGACGUGGAGAAGACACAUCGGUUGGUGGUAAAUCAUGACCGACACUUGCUCGGAGGAACGGGAACUCCAUCGAGCAUGUCACAUCCGGAAUUUUGCGUUGUUAAAGCGGAGACAAAAGCUCAAGAAGAAGAUGUUCCAAUCAAGGAAGCAGCGACUUGGGGUGGGUUGACGAAGAACGGGGUCACUGAAAAUUCCUAUGUGAGUACAAUUGACGCAGUUACAGCGUUGUUUACUGUGUUGAUCUCGCAAGCUCGCGGCCACGGGAAAGAGGUACGGAUUGCAACUUGCGUAAAUGCUCGACGGCGUCUUGAUCCGCCUUUGCCUGCGAACUACGCCGGAAAUGCCAUUUUUAACGCGUUGUCGACGUACAGUGCCAGGGAAUUGCAGUCUGGUGAUGAAAAAAUAGCUGUCAUUUCACCGUUGACGCUAGGAAAGCUUGCUCGACGCGUGCGUGAAUCAAUUCUUAAGUGUGAUGAUACCUAUCUGCGCGACGCAGUCAACUUUUUGUCCGAGCAGAGCAACAUCGCUGAUGUCCAAACGGGCUUUAACUUCGCUUUCGGUCCUGACCUUCUGUUCACGUCAUGGCUGCACUUGGGCAUGUACAAUGCUGAGUUUAACGGUAUGCAUCCGUGGUACGCAUCCGUCCCUCAUCUACCAUGCUGUGAUGGCUUUUCGAUUGUCACGGAGGCUCAAAAAGGAGGCGAUGGCAUCGACGUGGGUGUCUUUCUUGAAUGCACUGCCAUGGAGAAACUCAAAAGGAUGUUUGCAGAGGUGUCGUACCUUUAUGAGUAG